UGCGCGGGGCUCUUCGGGAUUGGAAGGGACCGCGUACCUCUGUGCCUCCGGGACAGGAACUACAAUCCCCAGAGGGCGGUGCGGCCGGGAGCCUCAGGCUACUUCUUCAGAGCUCCUGGGCUCUAGUGUCCUGGGGUCUGUUCCUGUGGGCGCAGUGGCCUGACUUGGCGGGAGGGGCGGCCCCGUGAGGGUUGUGCCUCCUGGGGCUGCCCCUGAACGCCAGUCUUGGAGACAGGGGUCACUAGGGUUGUGGAGAAAACUAUGAACAUAUCAGAGGAAGUACUCUCUACGGGGUCCUCAUUAGCAUCUCAGGUUCAUGCUGCUGCAGUUAAUGGAGAUAAAGGUGCCCUUCAGAGACUCAUUGUUGGAAACUCUGCUCUUAAAGACAAAGAAGACCAAUUUGGAAGAACACCACUUAUGUAUUGUGUGUUGGCAGACAGAUUGGACUGUGCAGAUGCUCUUCUAAAAGCAGGGGCAGAUGUCAACAAAACGGACCAUAGCCGGAGAACAGCCCUCCACCUUGCAGCUCAAAAGGGAAAUUAUCGCUUUAUGAAACUCUUACUUACUCGCAGAGCAAACUGGAUGCAAAAGGAUCUAGAAGAGAUGACGCCUUUGCACCUGAGCACCCGGCACAGGAGCCCCAAGUGUCUAGCUCUUCUGCUGAAGUUUAUGGCCCCUGGGGAGGUGGAUACACAGGACAAAAACAAGCAAACAGCUCUGCACUGGAGUGCAUACUACAACAACCCCGAGCACGCGAAGCUGCUCAUCAAGCAUGACUCCAACAUCGGGAUUCCCGACGUGGAAGGCAAGAUCCCACUCCACUGGGCAGCCAACCAUAAAGACCCAAGUGCUGUGCACACAGUGAGAUGUAUCCUGGAUGCUGCCCCAACAGAGUCUUUAUUGAACUGGCAAGACUAUGAGGGCCGCACACCUCUUCACUUCGCAGUCGCUGAUGGAAACCUGACGGUGGUGGAUGUCUUGACCUCCUAUGAAAGCUGCAACAUAACAUCUUAUGAUAACUUAUUCCGAACCCCACUGCACUGGGCAGCCUUACUAGGCCAUGCACAGAUUGUCCAUCUCCUUCUAGAAAGAAACAAGUCUGGAACAAUCCCUUCGGACAGCCAAGGAGCAACACCCUUGCACUAUGCAGCUCAGAGUAACUUUGCUGAAACGGUUAAAGUGUUUUUAGAGCAUCCUUCAGUGAAGGAUGAUGCUGACCUGGAAGGAAGAACAUCUUUCAUGUGGGCAGCAGGAAAAGGCAGUGACGACGUGCUCAGGACUAUGCUGAGUUUGAAAUCGGACAUCGAUAUUAACAUGGCAGACAAGUAUGGAGGCACAGCUUUACACGCUGCUGCCCUUUCUGGCCACGUCAGCACCGUGAAGUUGUUAUUGGACAAUGAUGCUCAAGUAGAUGCUACUGACGUCAUGAAACAUACUCCACUGUUCCGAGCCUGCGAGAUGGGACACAGAGAUGUGAUUCAGACACUUAUUAAAGGCGGAGCACGAGUAGAUCUGGUUGACCAGGAUGGACAUUCACUUCUACACUGGGCAGCGCUGGGCGGAAAUGCUGACGUCUGCCAGAUACUGAUAGAAAAUAAGAUCAACCCAAACGUGCAGGAUUACGCGGGAAGAACACCACUUCAGUGUGCUGCGUACGGAGGGUACAUCAACUGCAUGGCUGUGCUCAUGGAGAACAAUGCAGACCCCAACAUCCAAGACAAAGAGGGACGAACAGCUUUGCACUGGUCCUGUAAUAAUGGCUACCUUGAUGCCAUUAAACUACUGCUAGACUUUGCUGCUUUCCCUAAUCAGAUGGAGAACAAUGAGGAGAGGUACACACCCCUUGAUUAUGCAUUGCUUGGUGAGCGCCACGAGGUGAUCCAGUUCAUGCUGGAACAUGGCGCCCUGUCCAUCGCAGCUAUACAAGACAUCGCUGCCUUCAAAAUCCAAGCAGUCUACAAAGGAUACAAGGUCAGAAAAGCCUUCCGGGACCGGAAGAACCUCCUCAUGAAGCAUGAACAGCUGAGAAAAGACGCUGCAGCUAAAAAACGGGAGGAGGAAAACAAGAGGAAGGAAGCUGAACAGCAAAAAGGACAGCUGGACACAGAUCCUCUCAGACCCCAAGUCCUCCCCUGUCCACCCAGCCCUCAGAAUGAGCCCAGCAAGCAGAGUGCAGCCCCUAGCAAACAGCCACCUGCUAGCCACACUGUCCAGGGCCCUGACCCAGAACACAGCAGGCCUCCAAGCCGAUGUCCAGGCCGAGCCUCCCACGGGGAUUCUUCCUCAGACCUUCAGGGAGCACCCUCCAGAAAGCCAAGUGAAACACCCAGGGAACACUGCAGAGGCCCCUCUGCCUGUAUGCACCCCAGAUCCUGCGAAGGUGGUGACAGCUCCAGGCACCAGGGAACAUCCUCUGUGGAGAAGUGCAGAGGUGAGACCAAUGGCAAACACCCAAGGUGUGAGGAGGGGCCAAGCAGAGCCAGGCAGCCCUUGUCCACUGGGUCAGCCCGGCCUGCUGAGAAAGGAGAAGACUACAGCCCUGCACUUGCAAGUGCUUCCCAGCAGGACCGCCCCAGGAAGCACAGCAAGAGACAGGACAGGGCACCUAGGCCCAGAGGUGCUUCCCAGAAGAGCCGCACCCAUCAGCUCAGAGACAGGUGCUCCCCAGCUGGGUCCAGCCGGCCUGGCAGUGCCAAGGGGGACGUUACGUGUGCUGAGGAGAGUUCCUUCCACCAUCGCACACCAAGAAACAAGAUGGCCCAGGACAAGCUUAUAGGAGGGGUCUCCCCAGAUUUGCCACUCAGCACAGAAGAGCUGAGGUCAGGAUGCAAGAAGCUUUAUGAGGACCUAUGUGCAUCUCCAGAGAAGGACGGGACUCGUGGCCCCCCACCUGCACAGAGUGUGAAUAUUCACCUUCUUCCUGUAGAGCAGCGCCUGCUGAUAAUCCAGAGGGAACGAAGCAGGAAAGAGCUGUUUCGAAGAAAAAACAAGGCAGCGGCAGUUAUCCAACGAGCUUGGCGAAGCUACCAGCUCAGGAAGCACCUGUCUAAGCUUCUGCAUUUGAAGCAGCUUGGAGCCAGAGAUGUGCUCAGAUGUACCCAAGUGUGCACAGCCCUGCUCCUUCAGGUGUGGAGGAAAGAACUAGAAUUCAAAUUCCCAAAGACCAUCUCAGUAAGCAGAACAUCGAAGACUCCAUCCAAAGGCACGUUGGCCACCAAGUCGUCCAGGCACUCAAUUCUCAGGCAGAUCUAUGGUUGUUCUCAAGAAGGGAAAGGACUUCAUCCCAUCAAAUCUUCAAAAGUCCCUCCUGUGCUUCAUCCCAGUUCAGUGAACAAUUUGCAGUCUAUACAUCUUGACCACAGUGGAAGAUCAAAGAAGUUUUCUUACAACCUGCAACCAGCCAGUCAAUCAAAAAACAAGUCAAAGACUUGAGCCCAGAGGAAGAUCAGAACCAGUGUGGAAUUCUGCUCUCUGUAAACUCUUAUUCAUGAGAAAGCUUUACUAUCUACACCUAAAGCCUUAUUACCCAGCAUAUGUGGUCAAAGACAAGGUUCAAAUGUUUUCUCCUGGAUACUCCUACUCAGUGUUACUUUAUUCCUCUUGGCGUGCACUGAAAGGACCAGAGCAGAGUGCUCAGACGGUCUGGACUGCCUAGCUGUGUGCUUGCUGGCUGGAAAUGAAAACUGCCAUACUCACCAGUGUAAGUAACAACACCUGCAUUAAAGGAGCUGCUUGCUGGCCUGGGAUUUCUAACAGCUAACUGGCACGGGCCUGGGCUUUUCACUCCAGAGAACCUACUUAAAUGAGACAGGAAACC